AUGGCUUGGCGCUUUCCCCCUAAUAGUUGCCUUAACUACCCCAUCUACCAAGAAGACUACUCUGCAAGCACUCUACCUCUCAUCUACCUCCCACAGGGCAUGAUCUACCUCCACGACAGUGAGAUCGUCUCUCACGGUAAUCUUCGCUCCACGAACUGCCUUAUCGACUCGAGGUGGAUACUUCAAGUAGCUGACUUCGGCCUGCACGAGUUCAAAGCUUCGCCGUACCAGAUGGGGGAGCCGCAUAAGAAGCUGUGGAGGGCCCCUGAGCUGCUGCGGGCGCCAGGGGCCCACCCUCGAGGGACACAGAAGGGCGACGUCUUCUCCUUCGGCAUCAUUCUCUUCGAAGUCGUCGGCCGGCAGGGCCCGUGGGGCGCCCUUACCCACAAGUUCUCCCUACAGGAGAUCGUGUGUCAGGUGACAGAGGGCCAGGAGCCUCCUCUGAGGCCACCUUUGGGGAGCCUGAAGACUCCUGAGUACGUCCAAAGAUGCCUGAUGGAGUGCUGGGCUGAGGACCCGGACGAAAGGCCGGACUUCAAGCUGGUUAGAGUGAGACUGAAGGAAAUGCAGAGUGGUCUGAAGCUGAACAUCGUGGACAACAUGCUGGCAAUGAUGGAGAAGUACGCGUACAACCUGGAGGGCAAGGUGCAGGAGCGGACCAAGCAGCUCAUGGAGGAGAAGAAGAAGACUGAAACCUUGCUGCUAAGGAUGCUACCCAAGUCAGUCGCCGAGUCCCUGAAGAGAGGAGAGCAGGUUUCUCCUGAGAGUUACGACAAUGUUACUAUCUACUUUAGUGACAUUGUUGGCUUUACUUCCCUCUCCGCUGAGUCCGCACCCCUUCAGAUGGUGAACAUGUUGAACGAGCUCUACACCUGUUUCGACGCCAUCAUCAGUGAUUAUGACAUUUACAAGGUGGAGACGAUUGGGGACGCGUAUAUGGUGGUGUCGGGUCUGCCCAUCAGCAAUGGAGAUCAGCACGCCGGGGAGAUUGCCUCCAUGGCCCUCAAACUGCUCUCAGCUGUUAAGCAGUUUACAAUCAGACAUCGCCCGUGGGAUACUCUGAAACUGAGGAUUGGCAUCCACUCAGGGCCAUGUGUGGCAGGCGUGGUAGGCCUAACGAUGCCUCGUUACUGCCUCUUCGGGGACACAGUCAACACUGCCUCAAGAAUGGAAUCGACGGGCGAGGAACUUCGAAUCCACUCUUCCCACGCCCACAAGCUUAUGUUGGACAAGCUUGGGGGUUAUAUUGUGCAGGAGAGAGGCCUCACCUACGUCAAGGGCAAAGGUCACAUGAUGACUUGGUGGCUGGUUGGGGAGCAGCAACCCCGAGUUCGAAGGUCACCUUGCCGGCCGGAGUCGAUCCUCACUACUGCUGGGGGAGUGUCUACCUCUCCCCUCACUCCUCACCCCUCACCACAUAGCCCUCAUCUCUCUCCCCAUCUCCGCCCCCAGCCAGCCCCUACAACCCCUGUCCCUCACUACCCUACUAUUGUCAUCGGCGUCCCUGUCUCGACCCACGAUCCGGAGACCAACAACUCUGCCACUCAGAGCGGCAGCUGUGACACCACUCAGAGCUGUGUGGGUAACCAGGUAGUCAACCCCAGCGUGAGUGCAACAAGUGAUGUCAACAAUGCUAGCGUCACCAGCGACGUCAACAAUGCUAGCGUCACCAGCGACGUCAACAAACAGAGAGACGCUGAGAUCAAUGAUAUCCUCAGUCCGGAUCAGACUGACUCGCCCAGAAACAACAUCUUCAACAGCGCUCUGCAAGAUCCCAGAACUCUUGCAGGCCCCAGUUCAAUCUCCUGCAGAAGUUCCUCACCUCUCGCGCCUCACAAGCAGGUGAGAACCUCACUGAGGGAACCUCAUGGCGCCUCAAUCGACUACAACUCUACAAGCCAACAAAAUUCUGCCUUCAAUCCGUCUCACAACCCAAGCGCUUCACCACCCGUCAACAAUAUCUACAACCCCGUCUGUAAUCAAAACCCUGUCGUCGCCUCCAUAUACAACAGUUAUAGCCCCAAGACAGCUCACAGCCCGCCUUCCUCCGCCACCACAACCACCCACAACCCACACCUCAUCAACACAACCGCUCAUAACACCCUACUCAACCACAACCCGGAAAUUACGAGUAAAAGGAGACUUCAUCUCUCAAACAGUCCAAGACUAAACUCUUGUGGAAGCGAGAGAAACAGCCGCCGGAGCAAGAAUUACCGAAGUAGCAACAGGAACAGCGUCUACAACAGCGUCUACAGCAGCAGUAGCAGUAGCAGUAGCGACAGCAUUAUCCCUUACGUCACAACAGGAGAACAACAGAGAAUUCUACCAGUCAACGCGUCGCCAAGCCUUGUGGAACACAACUGCAACUUGUUCAGCACAAGUCUUGAUUACGAGGAGAGUGUAGGUAUUGAGGGCGCGAGAGGGUAUGACAUCAUGGGCAGAGAUGUGCCCAAUGCCCACCAGGAGGAGCUUAUAGAACGACCAGCUCAACUACACCUUGAUCCUUCUACUGUGUCUUACAAUAUCAAGCCGUCAUUGGUAAGCGGCGGCGGCCUGGGGCCAGGUAUUGAAGGCUCUGCAGGGGGAGAAACUGGAGGUCAAGGCACAACACAGGACUCUAUUACCACUCUCCCAGACCUGCGGAGCGGUAUAUCGCAUCACUACGCAGCCUACUCCUCUUCGCCGGCUCUUUCGCGCAAGCAAGAGACCAGAGAGAACUUCGUCUGAGGCCUAGACGGUGGGGAGAUAGG